GUGCCCAAAACAUGUCAACAUUCACUCCCCAACCCACCAAAUCUAAAAGCCCCCAACUGAAUUGGACUUCUCCGAGUUCUGUCACGAGUCCCUCGUUUCUUCAGGCACCACCACUCCACCGCGAUCUCUUCUUUCCCUUUCCCGCCUUAUCAGUCUCCCCAAAUGCUCUCCCACAUUCCCAAACCCCUCUCCUUCUCCCAAACCCCUCCAAUUCCCAUUCCCAUUCCCAAUCUCAACACUCCCGCCCUCCGUUUCUCCACUCCCAAGCCCGCACUCUCGCUCCUCCGCCUCCCUCUCUCCCGUCGUCCACUCCGUCUUGCAAUGGCCUCCCUCUCCGACCUCCCUGACGCCGUCGUUUGUCUGCCGCCCAACGAUUUCGAGCUUGAUCGCUUCGCCCAGGUCGCCAACAAGGUUGCCGAGGCCUCCGGUGAAGUUAUUCGGAAAUAUUUCCGGCAGAAAUUUGACAUUCUCGAUAAAGAAGAUUCCAGCCCUGUGACAAUUGCAGAUCAAACAGCAGAGGAAGCAAUGGUUUCAAUUAUAUUAGAGAAUCUUCCUUCUCAUGCUAUUUUUGGAGAAGAAAAUGGGUGGAGAUGCAAAGAGAAGUUUGCAGAUUAUGUAUGGGUUUUAGAUCCAAUAGACGGGACAAAGAGCUUUAUCACUGGAAAACCUGUGUUUGGUACUCUCAUUGCUUUGCUACACCAGGGUAAACCAAUUCUUGGCAUAAUUGAUCAGCCUGUUUUAAGAGAAAGAUGGGUUGGGAUUAGUGGGAGGAAAACUACAUUGAAUGGCCAAGUAGUGUCCACACGUACUUGUGCAAAUCUGGCACAGGCUUAUUUGUACACUACAAGCCCACAUCUAUUCAGCGCAGAGGCAGAAGAGGCAUUUAUUCAUGUUAGAAAUAAGGUGAAAGUGCCAUUAUACGGCUGCGACUGCUAUGCUUAUGCUCUGCUGGCUUCUGGUUUUGUGGAUCUCGUUGUUGAGUCUGGUCUCAAGCCAUACGAUUUUCUUUCACUGAUACCUGUGAUAGAAGGUGCUGGCGGAGUCAUAACUGAUUGGAAGGGACAUCAGCUUUAUUGGGAUGCUUCUCCAAAUUCAAAGGCAACAAGUUAUAAUGUAGUGGCAGCUGGAGAUAAGCAGAUUCACCAGCAAGCUCUAGAUUCAUUACAAUGGCAAUGAAUAUUUGCGUUAUACUGAUAUGACAUCAAGGAGCGUGGUGAAUUGAUCAACGGGGUAAGAAGUGAAACGCAAAGCGUAAUCUGGAGAAGCUGCAUUAUGCGCGUUUGCAUAUAAUUAUGUUGUAAUGUUCAUCUUGCGAUACGAUAUAUUCGUAACGGGAAAUUCCCCCAUAGAUUCAAGAUUUGCUGGUAUUUGUUCACAAUCAAAUCUUGUGUUGUAAAAUAAAAGAUCCGGAGACGACCUCUUCUUUUGUAUUUCCAACAACUUGUAAGGAAUUCUAUAUGGUGAGGCACUUUUUUCUACGUCA